AUGAAUGCAAAACGAAUGUGCUACAUGGAUCAUUCGUUCUUCAAUAAAAAAACUGCUGAUUGGCAAUCUAGGUGUCUGGCUGGCUGGCGUGAAAAGCAAACCGUGUCUGAUAGUAUUAUUUCCAACAGCUUCGUGUACAAUAAACAGAAAUCGAAGGGUGUCUACAGGAAGUGGGCUUUUAAGUACACAGUAGACGGUAAAGUCCGCGGUUCGAACACGACCUCUGCCACUCGACUACCCUUGUCUAGGCUUGGGCAUCGUGGAAGUAUCCUAGCCCUCGUGCUUCCUUCGGGUUGUAUAGUAGUUUGGUACCGAAAGGGUGACUUUCAAACAAGCACUUUAGAUGAAGAUUUCGUCCUCAAUUUGGUUUUCACCAAGGAGUCAACUGAAUCUCUCGUUUAUGAUAUUCUACAACUAAAUGUGCUGCACACAGGCCGCCUCAUGUUUCAGUUAGCACGACGGUCGAGAUAUCUCCGUAUAUUUUCAUAA